AUGCUUUCUCUUUGGAGCCUCGGACUUUUGCUCCUGUCGGCACCAGCGGCUAUCGCAGCUCCAGGAUCGUCUCUCGAUGUUUCCCCCACGACCUUGCCAUUCACCGAGUCAGCAAACACCGCCGAGGCAUCCACAGCCACGGCAGUCGCCACAGAUACCGCCAAAACCGUGGGUCACGUCCUAAAAGGAUGCCAAGAGAAUUUGCGGUACACAAACUGGGAGCUAUACUCAGACCCUGGUUGCCAGAACGCCAUCUUCAACCCUCUCAUGGUUAUCUGGGAUCCCUGUAAGAAGUUCCAGGAAACAGCGCCUCUCAGCAGCGGUGUGAUCUUUCAGGGCAUCAGGUGGAUCGGGGGAGGUAAUGCGCAGCACUUCUAUGCUUGUCAGCAGGGGUUUUCAUGCCGUGAACAAGUUUCUGAGAUUCCGCAGAACCCAGGCGUUUGCUUGUCCAGCGGGGGCCAGCAUUGGGACAAGAUUGCCACUGUGCCCUAA